UUGCGAAGCGAAAUGCGAAGUGCGAACGCGAGUCGCGAACGAAAAUGUGAUUGUGAAGUGUGAAUUGUGGCGGCAAUGCGCGUGGUAGGGUCGGCUUGAUAAUAAAAACAUAUUACUUUAUUUAUUUUUGUUGUUAUGAAGUAACGAGUGGAACAAAAUGUUGUAAUUAUUUUGUGUUAUGUUUUUGUUUUGUUUUAUUUAAUUUAUUUAUUUGAAACACAAACAUGGAUGUAAAACAUUCGGAUGAAUCUUCAUAUAUGGUGGAAGCAAGGAAGCCAUGGUACACAUACAUCACAGUGGAGCCUGUCAUGUUCUUCUACAUGAUGGCGUUCAUGAUAACCAAUGUCAUAGAACAGACAUUCUAUUUGUUUCGAGCAUGUACUGUAAACCAUGGCUACAGUGAGGACAUCUGCUACAAUAUAAGUGAAUAUGAUGACAUCAACAAGCAAGUGCAGGUAACAGCUUCAGUGUUCCACCAAUGGAACGGGGUAGCGGGCCACAUAGUUCCUCUCCUCCUAGCUUUCUUCCUUGGCUCGUACAGUGACAAGCGAGGCAGGAAGAUCAUCAUACUGGCCGGCCUUAUCGGGAAACUGUACUUCUCUGUUAUGAUCACGUUUAUUACAACUAAUUCUUGGCCCGUAGAAUACAUAAUAUACUUCGCGGCUUUCCCUUCUGCACUGACCGGCUCGGACUUGGCCAUAUUCGCGGGCUGCUUCGCGUACUUGGCCGACGUGUCCUCGGUCAAGAAUCGAACCCUGCGCGUCGGCGUGUUGGACGCUGUGUACUUGAGCACUAUGCCUACGGGGAUAGCACUAGGUAACCUAAUAUACACGAAGCUGGUAAACCGCUCCUUCACAGCCAUGUUCGCUAUAAACUCCUGUCUCAUGGCGCUAGCAACACUGCACUGUAUAUUCUUCCUAAAAUGGCAGACUCGAAGCGAACAAGUGUCACUAAGAGAUGCCGGAAUUAGGAACCCUUUGAAGGAUUUCUUUGAUUUAAAUAAUAUAAAACAAACGUUUGUUACGCUGACGAAACACAGGCCCAAUAAUAAGAGGAUGUUCUUAUGGUUUCUACUCAUUUCUAUGGCGUUUUAUACGUUUCAACGUGAUGAAAAGGCCGUGUUAUAUCUGUACACUUCAAAAGUAUUCAAGUGGGACUCCACAAACUACAGCAACUUCAAAACGUAUUUAAACACUUGCUACGUGAUCUUUACUCUCUUCGGUAUACCGCUUAUGACAAAAGUACUGGAAUGGAGGGAUACCAUAAUAGUGAUGCUGGGUGCUCUAGCGCACAUGGGCGGGCACUUGAUAUACGCGCAGGCAACGAGCGGGCAGCUGAUGUACGUCGGCGCUAGUGCGGCUGCGCUUGGGCCUUGCGUUGUGUCGCUCGUGCGCUCUAUGGCCAGUAAAGUGCUGACCCCGAGCGAGAGAGGUGUCGCAUUCGCGUUUCUAUCAGUAAUGGAGAACGCGGUGGGAAUGUUUGCGUCGAUAGUGUACUCGCAGCUUUACAAGGCGACGCUCGACUCGCAGCACAUCAACUCGAUAUUCUACCUGACCGUGUGCACGCAGGCGGUGGUUUUUGUAUUGGCUUUGACAAUGGACAUAUUGCUAAAAGGACGCCGAAUUGAAAGUCAAUUGGAACAAGAUGAAAGGCGCAUGUCGGAGAGUACGUGAGGAAAUAUAUAUUAUGGACUGUUUGUUAGAGAUAUUCAUAUUGGAAAUCAUAUUUUAUUUGUGUAUUUAAAAUAUUAUUAUUUCACUGUGUUACAAAGGAAACUUUAUAAAAUAGACUGGCGCUUAAUUUUUUUCAAGGCCGCAAAAGAGGUUAGUGCCAUCAGAAAAAAAAAAUAUUUUAGUUUUGCGUUUUUGUGUGCUUUUUUUAGGUGCAUUUUUCCUUAAUAUUUAUUUACAACAGUAUAAAAAGUGGUAUCUAGCAAAUGCCAAUUUUGAAAAUUAUAAGUACCACUAACUAGUUUUGAUAAACAAUUGCUCAUUAAAUUAUUUUUAAUUAGACUAAUAUUAAUAAAAUUAGA